GCGCCACCAUUCUUGACCUCAGCUGUCAAUCACCGUGUCCUUGCCGGUGAUUACUUGCUGGCACCCGAUGAUUGCUGAGUAUUAGCUCCGGGGGAGAGAACUGUAUGUAAACAAUACAGUUAUUUCCCCUGUCAGCUCCUGAACAAUGCUUUGUAUGGCUCUGCAUAGCAGAGCCAGUAGAAAACACACAGCCUUACGGUGAAACAGCACACAGGUAACCCUUUGAUUGCCCCACAUGUUAACCCCUUCCUGCCCAGUGCCAUUAGUACAGUGUCAGUGCUUUUUAUUAGCACUGAUCACUGUAUUGGUGUCACUGGAGAUGUCACUGACACCAAGUCAGUUCCCCCCAAUGUCAGAAUGCCUGCCGCAGUCCCGCUUUAAGUCACUG